GUUGUAGUGAUUUAUAGUGUGUUUGGUCUGUGCUGGUGACGCUGUGCCGUCAGAAAGUUCACCUUUCCAAGAUAUUUCGUGUGGUGAAUUAGACAUGGAUCCACUGUUGCCCACCCUGAGCAUUGUUGACACCAGUGUGCCACAGGACAGACAACAGUGCUUUCUUAAAGCAUCGAAGGACGCCAAGACCCUGGCCUCUCGCAACAGGUGCUUCGAGUGGAACACUAGCCAGGACAAAAAAACUGCUUGUGAGGAAGCUAAAAAAAGAUGCCAGCACAUUACUUGUGCGCCAUCUGAGGUCCAGUAUCUCGGCCAGCUCAUUCUAAACUUUGGCAAGUACAAUGGACAAAGUUUUAAAUGGCUGGUGGAGAACGACGUUGGCUACAUUAAAUAUGUGCUGGAUCUACACAUCAAGGAGCGUCGCCAUCAAGGAAGAAAAGAGGGCCCAGGUGAGUAUAUAAAGGAUCUUCUGUUACAGUAUGUGCAACUGUUUCCACAGGUUUCCUGCCACCUCGAGGUCAACGUCGACAGGGCCAUCUACGGUCAGGGCCGCUUCAGAUCCUUCACGUUCCUGGAGAUGUGGCAGUGGUACAGCCUGCACAAGACCCUGCAGGCGGAUCCACAAGCUGGUAGUGCCCAAGAAAAGAAGAUGGCACAGGAGGCGUUCUGCUCUGUGCGGCAGUGGCUGACGAUGAAGGAGGAGGACAUCAGCGUCAAGACACUGAAGCGGUUCCGGCAGUACAUUCUCAACAAAGAGAAACCCCUAGAAGACAGGCCUCUUCCUGCAGCGGCGGCCAGCUCCAGCUCGUCGGGAUCUAGAGGUGAUGGUGGAUGGGCGGAUGAUGCGCUACUGGUGGAAGCCCUCAGUGCUUUCGAAGCACAAGCAGUUGAGGACAAAGGCGGUCUGCCGAAGAAACCACUCAGCUUCCCUGAAAGACAAGGAGCCGGGGAAGCAAAGAGAAGAAAACGUUCCUGUGAAGAUCUUUCACAGAAGCCCCACUCAGACUCUCCACUGUCUGCUGUAAGUUUAUCAUUUGUACAUCACAAUUAGGUGGUGUAUAUACUCCUGAAUACAGUUUUGUGAGCAUAGAUGGGGAGGCCGUGCAAAAAGUAUGAAUAUGUCAAUGAA